CGUACCAGGUGACCCGGUGACGUCAGGAGGCAGGCUCCGGCCAGCUCGGCGAGCUUAGCGGAGGUUUUCCAGUUUACAAAAAACCUUGUGCCGUGUGGAGUGGAAGAAGCUGGGCCCCCCUGCUAUAUAUCGCUCCAGGUUCAACAUUUUAAUUACGCCCAGGCCGAGGCCACGAUCAGCCGGGGAACAUUAACUCAUGGACAAUUAAGAAAAAACCGCACGCAACAUCCCAAACACAGCGACUCAGGCGAGACCAGCAGCAGACGCACCGACCUCCGCGGCAGCAGCAGCGACCCCCGGAGGCGCCAUGGGCAAACAGAACAGCAAGCUCCGCCCGGAGAUCAUGCAGGACCUGGUGGAGAACACGGACUUCAAGGAGACGGAGAUCCAGGAGUGGUACAAAGGCUUCCUCCGGGACUGCCCCAGCGGCGCCCUCUCCAUGGAGGAGUUCAAGAAGAUCUACGGCAACUUCUUCCCGUACGGCGACGCCUCCAAGUUCGCCGAGCACGUGUUCCGCACGUUCGACGCCAACAACGACGGCACCAUCGACUUCCGGGAGUUCAUCAUCGCGCUGAGCGUCACGUCGCGCGGCAAGCUGGACCAGAAGCUGAAGUGGGCCUUCAGCAUGUACGACCUGGACGGCAACGGGUACAUCAGCAAGGCCGAGAUGCUGGAGAUCGUCACGGCGAUCUAUAAGAUGGUGUCCUCCGUCAUGAAGAUGCCAGAGGACGAGUCCACGCCGGAGAAACGCACGGACAAGAUCUUCAGGCAGAUGGACACGAACCGGGACGGUAAAUUGUCCCUGGAGGAGUUUGUGGAGGGAGCGAGGAACGACCCCUCUAUAGUCAGACUGCUUCAGGGUGACCCAAGCAGUUCCGGCCAAUAGAAACCCUGGACUUUACCUCCUCCCUCGCGUGCACAUCUUUUUUUAUUAAUAUUAUUUUUUCAGUUGACCCAUCAGAUCUGCAGAUUUGAUUAUUGCUUCUUUUUUUUCCUCCAUUCUUUAUUUGGCGAGCGGAUCACAUCCAAGCACACACUGACACAUAUACAUACACAGGUACACGCAUACAUAUACACAAAUUCACACACAUAAACACACAGAGAAAAAACAAAAGGCCCAGCCUGUAGUCUUGGAAGCGGAUAAUAAAAAAAAGAAAAAGUAUUUUAUUUUCUCAUAAGUUCUGAUAGACGCUGUCCUUUAUCAUUUUAGAUAUAUUUUAUUUUUUAAUUAUGUUUUAAAACCUUGCUCCUGACUUAAAGGGUAAAAUGAACUGAAGUAUAUGUCUAUUUUUUUGUUGUGUUACCGACUUGAGUCUCUUGAUGUUGGGUUUUGUGUAUUCCUGAGGAAUCUUCCAUCUCCCUGGAGAACUCCAUGUGAGGUUUCUGGUUCCAAUGUUGAUGGUUUGCUGACCCCUUGUUCAAGAGGCUUUGACAACCGUUUCAAAGUAUAUUGUUCAUUUUGUAGUUGUUUGAGAAAAUGUUACAUCAAAACCGAAUCUCACAGGCAAAAACUUGUAUUUGUUGAAAAAUACUAUAAGCUGUAGGUCCGUACAAUAGAUGAUAUAACUGGAAUAUUUGAACAAUCAAAGUGAAGAAAUUUAACCGCUCUGAACAUCUUUCGCUUCGAUUUCGAUCAGAGACAAAAUGGAGCGAACAAGUUAGACAAGAUAAUAUAUGCAUAAAUGUAUAUCUUCCUUUACUGUUUUUAACAUUGUGGUCAUUUGCCACAGUGAAGGUUUUGACAUUUAACUUAUUGAUGCAUUGUCUUGUGUUUUAUUUGAACAAGUAAUGAAUGUGUAUAGUAUAUAUUCAUUCAUAUUUAUGCUAGACUGCUAAGGGAAGACAAAAAUGAAGAGAAGACCACACAUUUGCUAUGCAUAAGGGUAUGAAUAUGCAAUGUUAUAAACAGUUUGUUUGGUUUGAUUCUUACCUCUCAGGAUAGGAAAAAGAAAUCCCAAGUAAUCCUAUGAAUCCUAAAAUACAUCCAGCCCCUGAAAUAAUGACCUUUUGCAUUUAACAAGGUUGAAACUGUAUGUAAGCAGCAUGGUUCUUAUUUGAUAAGAAAUGUGCUCUGUUUGCAAGCUUUAAAUUCAAAUUUGGAGGUUAAAGAAUGAACACUGAGUUCUUAACACAAUGGUUCUCUUCUCUUUUUUUAAGUGGUCUUGAUCAUUUACAAUAAGGACUGGCUGCUUGUAUUAUUUGCAACGUUUUCACCUCCAUGUUGAUGGUGAUCAAUGGUUCACCGUAAAUUAAGAAUGAAUCGUUAACUCUAAAACGUAGCGCUGUUCCUCCGAGUCUGCCCCUCUGUAUUUCAUUAGCAGCAAGUUGUGGUCAAGUGCCAAAUAUAGACACACAAAAAAAGAAAAUGAAAACUACCACCAACCAUGACCACACAGUAUUAUAUCAAUGUAUACUGUAUGAAUGUUGUGUUAUCCGCAGAACAAAGAUCCUUUGUCGCGUCAUUUUGUAGAUUUUUGUAUUGUUACUUGCAUUUUGUGUUCAACGUAGGAAAUGUCCAUUUUUUGUUUUCUUAAUAAAGAAAAAAUGGAAGGCG